CACGGAGACUGUAAAUUGACUAUUCGUUGAAAAAAAUUAAAAAACUAUCUUUCUAUUUAGGCUGCAGUACUGAAACUUAGAACAAUUGCAACCCUUUUCAUAUACAACUAGUCAAAAAAGAUUUAUUGACUCGAGGCCACUGACAGAUCUUGAUGCUACCCACAACAGUAGCCUAUAACUCCCAGAUACUACAUCAGCAGAUGUUACAAAUUCCCAAAGGUACUUGUAGCCGAGCCUAAGCCUAGUAGUGGUGACAUCUAGAAGUCUGCUAACCUUAUUGGAUGAACCAUAGUCGUGCGGUACGUCCUGCAUAAUAGAAUGAUGAUAGAUGGAGUGACUGGCGUGAAUUUCACUUUGCCUCAAGUCUCCGAAAUUUAGUUGAUGUUCUCGGAAUAUUGCUGCCCGGUACUAUAUAUAGUACUUGGUACUAUAUAUAGUACGUGCUAUACCUCUCCACACCUCUCCACACCGUGUUAUACCUCUCCACACCAUGCUAUACCUCUCCACACCGUGCUAUACCUCUCCACACCAUGCUAUACCUCUCUACACCUCUCCACACCGUGUUAUACCUCUCCACACCAUGCUAUACCUCUCCACACCGUGCUAUACCUCUCCACACCAUGCUAUACCUCUCUACACCUCUCCACACCGUGCUAUACCUCUCCACACCAUGCUAUACCUCUCUACACCUCUCCACACCAUGCUAUACCUCUCCACACCGUGCUAUACCUCUCCACACCGUGUUAUACCUCUCCACACCAUGCUAUACCUCUCCACACCGUGCUAUACCUCUCCACACCGUGUUAUACCUCUCCACACCAUGCUAUACCUCUCCACACCGUGCUAUACCUCUCCACACCGUGCUAUACCUCUCCACACCAUGCUAUACCUCUCCACACCGUGCUAUACCUCUCCACACCAUGCUAUACCUCUCUACACCUCUCCACACCAUGCUAUACCUCUCCACACCGUGCUAUACCUCUCCACACCGUGUUAUACCUCUCCACACCAUGCUAUACCUCUCCACACCGUGCUAUACCUCUCCACACCAUGCUAUACCUCUCCACACCGUGCUAUACCUCUCCACACCGUGCUAUACCUCUCCACACCAUGCUAUACCUCUCCACACCAUGCUAUACCUCUCCACACCAUGCUAUACCUCUCCACACCGUGCUAUACCUCUCCACACCAUGCUAUACCUCUCCACACCGUGCUAUACCUCUCCACACCAUGCUAUACCUCUCCACACCAUGCUAUACCUCUCCACACCGUGCUAUACCUCUCCACACCAUGCUAUACCUCUCCACACCGUGCUAUACCUCUCCACACCAUGCUAUACCUCUCCACACCAUGCUAUACCUCUCCACACCGUGCUAUACCUCUCCACACCGUGCUAUACCUCUCCACACCAUGCUAUACCUCUCUACACCGUGCUAUACCUCUCCACACCGUGCUAUACCUCUCCACACCGUGCUAUACCUCUCCACACCGUGCUAUACCUCUCCACACCGUGCUAUACCUCUCCACACCGUGCUAUACCUCUCCACACCGUGCUAUACCUCUCCACACCGUGCUAUACCUCUCCACACCGUGCUAUACUUCUCCACACCGUGCUAUACAUCUCCACACCGUGCUAUACCUCUCCACACCAUGCUAUACCUCUCCACACCGUGCUAUACCUCUCCACACCGUGCUAUACCUCUCCACACCGUGCUAUACCUCACUACACCAUGCUACACCUCUCCACACCGUGCUAUACCUCUCCACACCAUGCUAUACCUCUCCACACCAUGCUAUAUCUCACUACACCAUGCUAUACCUCUCCACACCGUGCUAUACCUCUCCACACCGUGCUAUACCUCUCCACCUAGAAUAUAUGGAGUAUAUGUAGGUGCACCCAGUGUGGUGUAUAUGUAGGUGUACUCAAUAUGUAAGUAGAUGAUGUAACUUUCAGUUCCUGGCGACGCAUAUAGAAGCCCUUGACGGGUUCUAGACGCGUGCGACACACACGCGGGGUGUGGAUCGUUACCCCCUCACACGGUACCAGUUUCACCAAUAUCACCCGAUAUUUUACAAAAAAAUAUGCAAAAACACUAAACGAAGACAUUUUAUAUGAUGACAUUUCGAUCAAAACCGGUUUUAUUAGUUAAAACAGGGAAAAAAGGGGAGGCAGUAUUGAUUGUUUGAAUUAAGGAGGAAGGAAACUUGGCAUCUGGGGCGAGGCUGUAAGGCCACGUCACCAGAGUCAAUAUAACCUCCCGCAGCAUCUCUGGCGGCUUAUACAGCCUCAUACAGUCUCAGCCUCAACACGUGUCCACGGCAAGAUAACACAAUCAUGGAUGCUGUGACAUUUUUAAUUGGCGGAGCUCUUGCUAUCGCAGCUGUUCCUGUUGUAUUACCAGCCAUUGGGUUCACUGCUGCAGGGAUAUCUGCAGGUUCAAUGGCUGCCUCAAUGAUGUCGAGUGCAGCAAUUGCCAACGGUGGGGGUGUUGUAGCAGGUGGACUGGUCGCUACGAUGCAGAGCGCUGGAGCUGCCGGCUUGGGUGUUGCAGGAAAAGCUGCAAUAGCCGCUACUGGGGGCCUUAUUGCAAACGCACUGUAAGGCUAAAGAGUUAAACUAUUGCAUGGAAUCAUUGGCACUUGACAUCCUGUUCCAUUGGUGCUUUGUUCAGUAUAUUAUAGUAAUGUAACAAAAAAUAAAAUUGUAUGACCUUAAGAAGUCUCUUAUAAAUAAAAGAGA